AUGUGGCUAACAGUCACAAGGUUGAACAACCAUCCAGAAAUUAUUGCCAAUUUCUAUUUGAACUGUGUUGCAGGGCCAGAAGGCUGUCCAGUGAAACUGAGGGCUGACUGUGGAACAGAAAAUGGUGUAAUGGCAGCUAUGAAAUGUACAUUUCAACAAGAUGCAGAAGCGCUCAAGUAUGGGGGUCAUCUCCGGUGAACCAAAGGAUUGAGGGCUGGUGGGUAUUUUACAAAAGAAACAGUUGUUAUAAAGCAUGUAGGAAGUAGCUAGAGUAUGAAAGAAGCGCUUGAGUGCUCAAGCCGCUUCUUAACCCUUUAACUCCCAAGUGUCACUACUAAUUCUCCCCUACUGUCUGUCAUUCAGUUCUUGUGAUGUUAGUUUUGAGAAUUUGGUAUUGUAUCAACUUAAAAUCCACUAACUGAUGUUUUUCUUCAUUCUCGUCAUAUGUCUGCUUGAUAUUAUCAAAAUUAUAUUGCAAGGAGAAGUUCUGUCUUGGUCACUCAUGUAAGUUAUGCAAUGGAUACUAAGUUGAAAAUAUCCUAUCUCACAGGACACCAUGUGUUGCGUAAAAUUCAAAUAACUACUGCACAGGAGUCAACAGACAUGACACACUGAUGCUCUCUUCUCAGUGGCAGCCCAAGCAAGGCCUAUACCCGAAAUUAGGCAAUGAAGAUCCGUCUGUGAACUGUUCCAUGAAUUGGGAAGAGUUUGGAGACUGCAUUGGUGGAGGAUGGACGCUGGUCAUGAAGAUCAAUGACAAACAGGUAAUGCAAACAUGUUGAAGGCUCCAAAAUGCCAUUAACUAAUAGAAUGUACACUCUUCAUCGGCUAGGAAGGGGAGGGGGAUGGGACGGCUUUGGUUGUAUCCAAUAAAAUUUAUCUGAUUCUCUCCCCCCCCUCCCCACUGGCAGUCAAUUUUCUAGAGUCUUCCCUUUCUACUAUGUUAUACUCUGAACCCCUUUCUGUUACCACUGAAAACUGUGUGAUUCUCCCCAAAAUCUUCUGACACCCCCAUCCCCCAGGAGAUAAAUAAUUAGUGGUUCCUAAUGGUGGCAUUGGUUUUUAAGUUUUUGAUAUUCUCUCUAAUUUUGCUCACUCCUGUUUGUUUCACGGUGCUUCUUUAGAGUCAGUUUUUGUUCUAGAAGAGUUCACAUCAAGAAAUCCUAGCUAAAUAUACUGCAGUUAGUCAAAAUGCUUUCCUAGUCUCAAUACAGUAAAGAUAUUGUGGCACUUUUUAUGGCACUUUUUAUUAAAAAAGAAUGUCUUCUGAAAUUGUUAAAGUUCAUGGCUCAGCCUUUUGUGACUUUGAGACAAGAGUGACUAAAGAAUGUAGUGUGCAUUUCAAUUGAGUACUUAAAGUAAUCACAAUUAAGGACAAUCAUAAUGACUAAAUAACAACUCCCAAUGAAAACAAAAACAAAGCCUACUUUAAAAGAGCAGGAAGGCUUGAGUGUUUAACCUUCUACACCCUAACAUUAUUAUGUACAUUCUCCAUACUGUUCUAUAUAUAUCAGAAUAAUUUUAUUGGCAAUUGAGAGCUUCUUUAGUUUGUGAUUAUUUCAUUUACCCUUAUGAUCUUCCUGUUUGAUUCACGGUUGAUAGUGUAGGGAGAAACUAGAUGCUACGUAGUCAGCUCUAAGUGGUUAAAGGGUUGUCACCAUUGGGUUAGGUAUAGCAUCUGACUGGGUGAGAGAUUGGUGCAAGUCUGCUGAACCACUGAUAGAGCAGAGUGAACAAUACCAGUGCCAUGGAUACUAAGUUGAAAAUUUCCUUAUCUCACAGCACACCUUCAGUCACAAUUCAAACAUGUAGUCCUCCAGGUCUUCAGUCACCUGAAAAUGGAGUCACAGGAUUGGAUCACUUGGAGACCCUGUUACAAACCUACUAGAGCACAUCCUUUACCACCAUCUGCCUUACCAUGGGACCAAUAGACAAGGAAACUGUGAAUAAGUUAUGAACACAUUAUAUUUAAAUGAAUUUUAAUAUAAUUAAAUGCCUCUUUACAAAAACAUACACUUUUACAUGUUAACAUAGGUAGCCAAUGGGUAUCUCUUGGAUAGAGUUGAUUGCUGGGGUGAUGUUGGGUGAAUAGUUAGAAUUCACAUUUUGGCUAUCAUUUGACCUGCACCAUUACUUUAACUUCACUUUUGCCAUAAAAGUGUACACUUUUUAUGGCAGAUUUUUAAUGUAACAUUUGUAUGAAUGUGCUGCAGGUUGUGAAUAAGUUACCCACUCCAUUCCUCCUUGUUCUUUUUGAAUAAGAUUCUAUUUGAUAGCAGUUGAAUCCCCAAAAAAUUACAAAUGAAUAAGUGGCUGGCUGGCUAUUAGUUUAAAGGGUCUUUUUAAAUGAGAUCUGACUUUUGUUGCUAUGUCUUAUACUCAAUUUCAUAUUCAAUUUAGUCUUUCUUUUCUACAAGCCUGCUUAAUGUUCUCAAGAGAUGUGACCUUCUUGUUUCUGCUGUUGACAAUAAGCAAAACUAUGUAGGAUUAUCCAGCUGAUGUAACAUAGCAAACAAGUCUUUCUUGCAAUUUUCAAAGUAAGAUAAUCCUCCUAGAUUUCUUGAUACUCUAAACCCUUCAUCUUGAUGAAUUAAUUUAAUUACAUUAUCAUCUGAGUUUAGGUCACCUGCAAUAUAUUUGUUGCCUUUUGUUUCUUAUGCAGGCACAAUUUGAAUUUGUUUAAUUUGUAACUUUUUUUUAAUUUAUAGAAGAUGUUUGGUACUGAUUAUGCCACUUAUAUAUUGUACUGUAAUGGACAGGUGUCAUUCUGUCCUUAUUAUCAGCUCAAGUUUUUCCACAAUAAAUAGUUGGAAAUGAUAGGAAUUCAGAGUCUUUGCCCAUUUAUAUACCUAAAGGUCUGUUUCCUUCUCCUGAUGCAAAAGUUAUUAUCUUGUUAACAUUUUCAGUCAUAUCUGGUUCUUGUAAUUGAGUAUCUGUAGCAGUAAUAGCUAGGUUCACCAUACAACUGAUGGAACACAACUCUAAAUAAACAAUCUCCAGCACCACCAACAUCAAAUAUUCUCAAGCCAUGUUGAGCUAAUCAAGAUUGUAAAAUUAAUCAAGAUGGUUUGGAUUAUUUCCCUGAGUGACAGGUCACGGGUUUAAUUCGAUUUCUUCUAAAGUAAGUAACUUUGCCCUUGAAACAAAAUACUUGUGAUUUCGUUUCUUACACUUUAUUGUACAACAUCGAACAACAUGUACAAAUUUAUCGUGAAAAACAGCUGAUACUUCACGUCUUCUUAUGCUUUUCAGUUCUUGUUUUGAAAACAUAAACACUAUCAAAAGCAAAAUACAACCUUGAACCUUAUGCACGAGUGAUUGCAACUGGUUUACUUCUACACAGUCUGGUUUUAAGAUAAUUACGGUAAUCAAACGAUAAAAUCGUUUUCAAUGCGAAUGUGGUAAACUUAGCACAAUACGAGACCUUACAUACCUCCUAAUUGCUUUACUCUUGUUAAAUAAGUUCAGAAUUUUCUUUCACGGUAAUCUCGAUGGUCCACUAUCACGACAGACGCCUUUGCUAAUACGAUUGGACUUAGACCAACUUCUUCGUUCCUGUAUGAUUUCUGUUACCAUCAGAUCAGCCCUCUGACUGCGUUUCGUUCUGCUUGGUUACAAGAAUGUUUUAGGAGGACAUUACUGGACUGAUCAGUUUUGCUAUUCAUGUUGCUAAUGUCUUAGUUUAACCUAAUGUUUGAUUCAUACUUUUGCUAAUAUGUGUGCUCAUAGGUUCCCUCGUGAGUACGAUCAAAGUUUCGCACACAAGAUUCAUUCGUAAAAUGUUCACUAUUUAUAAACCCACUGUAAGCUUGGAGGAUCGAAGAGUAAACGUCUCGAGGAGUCAAAGACUCCUCGCAUUCAGCGUCUCCACACCUUACUACCACAUGCUUACUGAGACGGGUAUUAGUCGAAACUUCUCGAAGAAAAGGCGAAUUCUAAUUCAACGUCGCGGCAUUUACUUCGGAAAGUCGACAGAAGUCGAUAUCAAUUGCUCUGCCGUUGACAUAUCGACUUGUUUACAUCUGAGUGAGUGACAAAUUUGCAUAUUCUAACCCUAUCAACAGUCCUUUCUACGCUUCGCGUAUCCACGACCAAAAUUAAAGUGAAUCGAUGAAUGAAAAUUACGCAUCUCUUUGUUUUGUAAUUACUAAAAGGAAAAUCUGUCUUUCUUGGGAGAUUUAUCACUUGUACUCUCGAAUUGCGGUCGUGACCGAAGCGUUACAUAGAAUUUGUUGGUAGGUUCGUGACGGAAGUACUGGAAUAUGGUUGAUUGAUUGUGAGAUUGGAGUUACUAGUGGGUAGAAGGAUAAAAAUAGCGUACACAAAAUCUGGUGUGUUUGUUUGACGCGAUAUCAUUUACGACACAAUUUCAGAACAAAUUUUGUGAAGGGUGGAAACAUACUGCUAAGGGCUUCUUUGCUUCAACAGUUACAAACAUUUCUUAAGACAUCAUUUUAAUAAAAAGUUCUCAAUGUGAUCCAGUGCAGCAGCUCCUGAGAUGAUCUCAAUCAAUCCCCUUGUAAUCACAGCUUGGCGAGUUCGAUUGUAUGUCAAAGUCAACUUGUCAAUCUUUUCACCUUUAAGAGAGAUGGACACAAUCCGUUAACUUUGAUGAGGGUGAAAUUCUUUUGUACAUCUUUUGGGGCUGAAAUACUCAUUCUCUGACCAAAUCACAUAAACACAAGUUAUGACUAUGGAAAGAUAGAAAGAUUACUGAAUGAGCACGGUAUUGCAAACGCUUCAAGAAAUGUGGGAAAUUUUUACAAAAAAAAACGUCGUUCACGUGCAAUUUUGCCAUCCAGUAUCUUAGAUGGAUAGUGAUUCCAUAUAACUUCGGAAAAGCCACAUUUGAUUGAUAACACGCUAUCCAGCACUUCAGAGCAAUUUGCAAUAGAGAAUCGAAAGUAAUCCAGCUUGGACAUGGUUUGAUGCUACUCUGGUUUACAGCCGGAUUUAAUGAAUGUAACCGAAGAAGUUACAAUUCAUAGACCCAACGUUUCGAUACUCCUGUCUAGUGCCUUCAUCAGGGGUGAUCUAAAGUUUUGGCUACAUACUUUUUAUGGCAAAUAAGGUGGUGAGAAUCGAAAGCGAGGUAUUUGUCGGUGUGGGUGGGUUUACGGUAGACACUUGUCUCUAAAUUACCCUGAGCCCCUCUGGACACAUUUAAAUCAAGAAAGGGCAAAUGUCUAUCCUUUUCACGCUCAAGGGUCAAUCGGAUCGGCGGCUCUAGUAAAUUCAAAUGCGAUAAGAGGCGCUCCGCUUCAUUUCCGGAUACCGCAGAGAGAACAUCAUCGACAUAUCGUUUCCAGAAAAAAGGGUUUAACCGGUGAAGUGGCUAAGGCCCUUUGUUCCACGUCUUCAUUACCAUGUUGGCAAUGUUGGUUAUCUUUAGUGAAAAGGAAAAUUCAGGUUUAUCGGAGCACACAUUCCUAACCAACCAUACAAUUGGAUGGGAUAAUUCUAAAAUUAUCACUACUAAUCGGCGCUGCCACCAGCGCCUUUGUUUGGAGGUUUGACAUAUUAACUCCACUCACGCUCCUUUAAAUCGUGACCAUGGCGGCUUGUAUGGGCGGCCGUCACCACCAAAAAUACAAGGAUGUCAAAUAGAUCAGAAAAUACAAAGCUGGUUAAGGAUCAGCUGCAGGAUAGAAUAGCUAAUAAAGGAAUGGCAUGGCCAAAUUAUAGACGAUUCAAUUUUCUUUCAUGAAACAGAACACCCUAAACAUGAAUAGUCUAGCCAAAUGAUAAACGGUCUAGUUGCCCAUGUCGAGUUGGAACAUGAAAUUGUGAAUGUCAGUUUGUACCUGCAUCCCAGGAUUGGUAAUAAGGCUUGUACCCAGCCACACUCAGCCACCCUCCAGAGUUUCAAAAGUAUGCCUUUGGGGAAGAGGAUUCUAUUGACAUUGCAAAAAGCCGAUGGCUAGGUUUUCGCUUAAAGGCAGGCACGAGUCUUUUGACUAUGAUUAGGGUUUCUAUUAAGGGGAGGGAUGGGGUCACGGAAAAAUAAGAGUUGGGAGCGCAGUAUUCACAUCAUGGCUACCAUUGUCAGGGGAACCACGAAUUUUCCAAAAUAAUCGAUAGCCUUGAGAUACAUCUACUUUUCCGACUGCAAAAAAAAAUUGAAACAAGAAAUGGAUUGAGGAAAUUCUGGUAGUUCAGAGGCAGAGACAUAAUGCAUAAACAAAUUGAAAUAUUUAAUCGCCUCUUUUUCAACUUCAUUUCGAGACUUUCUCGACGAUAUUCGCUUAGUCUCAGUGAGUAGAUUAGAGUUUCAGAAAUCAUUGCGAAUUACCCCAAAACGAAACAAGAAACAAGGUGAUUACUAAUUUAGUAAGACCUCGGGAUUAACAAGACGGCUCUCACUCUGGGUGUUCCUAAAACUUCGUCGCAAGACUUUAUAAUACUUAUCGUCUUCUCAUUUUUUCCUUUGCCACAAAAAAAUAGCAUUUCUCAUAGAUGUCAUAUUUUCCUAUUUGACUGUUUGAUUUGUUAUCUCUACUCCACACUUUGCACAAAGUGUUUUCGCUGGCGACUUCCCAUCCAAUGAGGCGGAUAUUUCAAGUCAGUUGUGAGAUCCUAGUCUAAAUAUUAUCGUAACUUGAUCAAAUAUCGAUCCUUUUCAGAGCAUAUAUAGAACAUCUAUUUGCUUCCUAAACUGACAAUAGAUCUUUUUUCAACAGUAACAACGGCAACAGUAUCAUAAACACUACGUAGUCAUGUGCGCAAAGUCAACUCUUACUCAGUAUUAAAGGAAGUAAGUUUCUAAAAAGAAACUGUGGUGCUGCGUCGGUGGGAGAGUAUAGCAGGUAAUUUAGUAUUAACAAUUGAGUUGAAAAUGUAAAUUGGCCACCGUAAAGGGUAAAAAAAAAGCUGAUGUUUCGAGUGUAGCCCUUCGUCAUCGCUUACAUGGCUUAUAACGAGACAGGAUCUGUAUGACAGAGUACGGAUCAAGUAAGAAACAAUCAGAAUUCUCGGACUUACCUUAACACUACCUCGCUAUAUAAUAAAUCAUAACCAAAAUCCUUGAAUUCAAACAAUAGUAAUGACCUGAAAAUUAGUUAGAGAACAUGGCAACUAAAUUUUUUAUAGGGGAUGAGCUGAUAAUUAUUAUUCGCAAGUUCAUGAAUCUAAUGCCAUAAUUAAUUGAAGCGAACAGCAUGAAAACAGUCACAGAAGAAAAUAGGAAGAACAAACAAGUCAUAACUUAGUCUUUUUUCGACUAAAUGAAAAAAUGAAAAAAUUAAAAUUAAAAGUCGAAAGUGAAAAAUUGAAAUUAAAAAAUUUUUUUUGCUUCUGAUUCAAUAUUGAUUUAGAUUCAGAAUUUCCUGUUUUGCAUUUUUGACUGUCUAAAAAUAAUUUAAUAAUAAAUUUAAAAAAAAACAUUGCUUUUGAUUCAAUUUUGAUUUAGAUUCAGGAGAACCGGACCGAUUUUCCAUUUUUUGACUAAAUGAAAAAUAAGAAAAAAAAAACAAUUUUGUUCUUCUUUCAAAUCAUCAAACAGCAACUGUCACCUGAGCCCCGAAUUUAACAUAUUCUUGCUUCCGGCCUUCUGAUAAGGCCUGUCCGGAUUGUUCUCGGAAACUUUUGAGCAGCGUUUGGCGUUGGGAGAAACUUCUUGUGGUUCUGACAACCUUAAGUAACUUUUUCCUUUCUGAGCAAUUUUUUUGGCACCUUUUAGACUUAGAACACACAUCAAGCACGAUAAAGUCAAAGAUUUCCAAAAAAAAUUCGAUCGAUCUAUGCAAUUUCUUAUAUGUUUCGGCGGCCUAUUGUCUAAUAUUAGAACGGGUAAUCGGCUAAAACGACGGCAAAGAUGACAAGAUGGCUGUCUUUGUUGAUUCAUUUCCAUGAACAGAAAUGAAUGGUUAGAAACCACCUUUAUAUGCGAGCAACUAUUUAAAGCUAAGUUUGUUAAUGCGAAUAACGAAGAAUAUAAGGAAUAUAAGGAAUUUAGGUAGCAGCUUUUGAAAUUUAGGUAGCAGCCUUUUUGGAUUUUUUGGCAAUUUCUCAGUAAUUUUUGGCUUUCCAUUGAGCAACUUUCUGAAAUUUGAAGAGCACAAUCGAGACAGGCCUACUUCUAAUUUCUGAUAACCAAAUUAGUGGCUGUUAAGGUUGCCUAUGUCAACGGUUUGCUUUCAAAAUCUGUAUUUCCAAAAGAGAAAGUAACUUCGCUGAUUGAGAAUUUUACGUGGACAGAGAACUUUACACAAUGACUCUGGCCGGGACUUAACUAAGCGUGAAUCUUUUCAUCUGAAGUACAACGACCUUCUCAACGAGCCCUACAUCCUUCCAGUGGCUCUGGUACAUCGUGGUGCAUUCUCACGAAAAUAACGCGAAUUUGCGAAGAGACGAAAAUCAGUUAACGUUCUUGAUUUGCUUACAGUAAUGCAAUGACGACAAUCAAAUAGAGAAUAAUAUAUGGGUGCACGUAGAUAUGGAAUUUCUCUUCGAACAUUUAACUCGAUAGCUCACGAGUAAACGCAGCGAACGAGUGAAAUGUCGAGUUGAACGCGAAAAGAGAAAUUUCAUAUCUACAAGCGACCAUAUAUUAUUUUGUUUAUCAUAUAAACACAAUAGCCCUUUGCUGACAAGAAAAGUGUACUUCACUAUGAUUGAAAAUAAAAGGUUAGGCAAUCCCCGAAUAAAAAUCGUUAAAGUGUGUUGGCGCAGUCAAGAUGAAAACAUGCAUUGAAUCACUACAAAAAACCAAACAAUGGGCCUAAUUUUCAAAAUAAAAAUUCUCAGAUAUGAAUUGGUCCUUACCGACAGAAGAAAUCUUUCAGGUAUACGGCCAAAAUCGGCCUGUGGCAUAUCUUCUGGUUGUCGAUUUUCGUUCUCAGCCGCGAGAAAUCCCAUCACCAAAGCCAUUCAAUACGUAACUUUCGGUUUUUCUUUUUCGUAUUUUGGUUUUCUUCCCCUUCUAGAAAAGUUUGAACGUCACUGUCUGUAAGCGACACGAAUUUUUCAUUCUUAUAGCGGCCAUAAUCGAAAAUAAAAACGACCUCGGGUUGAGAGUGGUGAAGGCGUUGCCGUUCAUUCAUCAACCUGACCGAGAGGCGCGAAAGGCGAAUGACGUGUCAACAGCUUAUUGGCGAUAUCAAACACUCGUGAAAAAAAAAGCGUAUUUUUUCACGUCUGUUAUUACAGCUUUUCUCAGGGCUGGAAAUCCUUGUCUAACACCUUAGUUUACAUGAUAAAUAAUUUUAAACAAUAGAGGGAAUUCGUAUAACCCGUUCGGUAGACCCUAAUGAGUUUGCCACUAAAGGCUAAUGAUAAGAAAAAUUAAGAGCCGUUGUGAGCAUUUAUUCAAAUACAUAUUCACCGAUGAGUUUCCCUCGUGAAAAUUCCCAAUCAAUCGAUGCUACAAACAGUUAUGAUUUUCGUCGGGUUGUGGUGACUUUAAAGUCACAAAAAUCAGCAAAAAGGCGAAUACAUUCAGAAGCACUACACGUACGUGUGCACCUUCAUGACCUUUUGGUUCCACAUAAUGUUUUUGGCUCCCUCUUGGCUAACUGCCGUAGCCACAUGUCAUCGACAGUACAUUUGAGCGUGAAUCACUCGUGCGGGGUCACGAGAACAUUACACCCACGACAUAUUCUCGCUGAUUUUGUGACUUUACAGUCACCACCACCCGACAAAUAUCAUUACCCUUUGCAACAUCGGUUGAUUGAGAAUCUCUGAGAAAAUUCGGCGGCGAAAAUGUCUUGCAAUAGAUGUUCACGACUGUUCUUAAUUGUUCUUCUCAUUUGUUAUUAGUGACAAACUCACUGGCACUUAACGAAUGAGUUAUACGAAUUUAGUCUAUUUCCAUCACAAAUAUACAUAUAUACAUAGUCUUUAUUUCUGUGUCUAGUCGUUCUAGCGCCAAGGUACUAAUUGGGGAAACUCGAUUAAACCUAUAUUAAAUCUUAAAAGGAUCUUAAGACUCAUAAACAUUUGUCUAAACAGGUCUGGAGCUUUAUAUCUCUACUAUAAGUUUCUUACCAAACUCUAAUCUUCCGUCAAGUGAGUUUAUGUAAAAUCAUUCUAUGAGAUCCUGCACUGCUUUAACUCAAAGUUGGUCAAGUUAAAUACUUUGCAAAACUUUUCACUUGUUUUUCUUCUUCUUUAAUUUAGGGUUUCAGAAGCAGUGACGUUGUCAACGCCGGCUUCUUUUUCAUCUGUCGUUAACGUUUCACGAUGACCUGAGCGAAGACUGCUUUAAUUUAAAUGAAGAAGUUCCGAUAUUCAAUUCAGGUAUGUCAAAGUAGCCACGAUUCAGGAGAAAUUCGUGUUGAGAAAAACAUGAAAUCAAGUUUAACGUCAUUUUUUUUUUCUUAUGCAAUAGUUUUUUUUUUCCUUUUUUUUUUUUGUGCAGUGCAGCCAGUGCAGUUUGAAUGAGAUAAACACGAGUAAUUCAGUUUUUAAAGACCGAGGAGAUCUAUGCAAAAUAAUUUAAAAAGCUUGUGUAUAUGAUCCCAAAGUAGACAAAUAUUGACAAGAUGGGAUAACUCCUCUAACUCUUGUCUUUCCUCAUCCUUUAUAUUUCGGUGGACGGCUUGGGAGACAGAUUUGCAGGAUCAUGAUUCUGCAAAUAAAAUGCAAAUUAGGCAGGCGCGCGGUUUUAAAUAGACUACGCGCUCGGCGGUCAGAAAUGUUCGCAGAAUUUACACUGAGUAUUGCUCUCAAUCUUCCUAACUUAGUAUUAGAACUUUGUUUGGAAAUGUGAAGCUAAUCCAAUAAUUACUUUGGUGUUUAGUGGACGAAUUUUCCGGGUUGUUUAUACACUGAGAUCAAAUAUUUUUUGCUCUGUAUUGCCUUUAUUUCUUCUGCAUUGUGUUUCAUGCAAGCUGCAUUUAUUUCAGCAAAUCACAAUGUAGAGGUUUAAACUUUUAAAAGAAAUGUAGAAGUUUAAAUUUUUUAAAGGAAAUGUAGAAGUUUGAAUUUAUAAAGAAUAGCAAACAUUUAUGUGGUGCAUGUCGCGCGUUAAUUGACUUUGAAAAUUUCUCUAAGAUUUGUUUUAAAAAUGUUAUAGAAAAAAGCGUUUAGUCGAUACCACGAACAAACAAUUGCAAGGUCCCUGCCUCUUUCUGAGGCGAUCAACAAUUUCAACAAAUUUAAAUGUUGUGGCUUUCACCGUUAACAAGCCGUCUUCCGCAUCCACUCUAGCCAACACAAGCACUUACCUUUAUAUUAAAACUCCUGGUGCCAUGUCAAAAAUAUUUUAUUUGAUCCUUUCUGGAAUGUUUUCUAUAUUUUAUCCAAAUAUGAAAAUAACACUGUCUAAUAAAGAAUCUCUUAGAUAUUAAGACCGACGAGGAAAAGCUCUAAUUAAUCAUUAACUUGCACAAUGAGAGUGUUUCUUUGUCAGCCGGUUCAGACAAAAAUUUUUCUUGCCUCACUAGAAAUGAUUAGUAAAACUGUGUGAAAGCCUUUACCUGUUUGAGUAAGAAACUUCAAAAUGAGUCAGUUCUCUACCAUAUCUUAUUCAAAACCAUGCCAACAAUUACAAAAAGGGAUUUUAUUAAUACUGGCUUGUAAUACUCUACAAAGGUAUCUUAACUCGACAUAGAAAUACUCAGAUUUGAAUUCGCUUCAGCCUCUGGAUCGAAAAUCAGGAAAUAGAAUAUGAGAAUAAUUCACCAUUGUUCAGGUCAACCUCCUUAACAGUCGUUACAUUCUAGAAUUAAAUCACCGUUUUAGUAACUUCUCCCGAAAAAUGAGAAUAAUGCGUGGCUCGUGUUUGUGUUUAAAUAUCCUCUUCAAGCACGUACUAAAGACACACGCAGAGAAUUAAAAGAAAGAGAAUCAUUUGUGUUCCUCUAAAAAGCCCAAUAGAAAUUUUAUGCACUAUUAGUACGCAUGACCUUGGAAACGCUAGUAUAAAUAAGGUGUUUUUGUUUAAACUUUCUGGGAAACUGAACUACUUCUUUAAAACUCGUCCUUCCCGAGCAAAAAUAUAAAUAAUGCCGAUACUUUCCCUUUUCAGACUUUUCUCUUUUGUCAAGCAACACUGAUAUUUACCCUGAGUUUUCUUUCAGCUACAACAAGGAAAGUUUCACUUAGGACUCUUAAAGAAUUUAUAUUUUUUCAUGUUGUGCGAUCGUAUCGAGCCGCCAUGUUUGUUUGCAUGUUGACACUUUUAGAGCUCGUGCUAUAUUUGCACCCAGAUCUCGCGCGGUUAAAAAAUAAGCUUUGGAGUCUAGUUGUGAAUGGAUAGUACAGGCCUGGCACAAAAUUUUCCGUCAUGAAUACCUCGUGUUAUUCGUGUAGGGAAAGUAUCAAGCGACUGAAAUUACAUAAAAAGCACAUUAUUGAAAAACACUACGACCGUACAGGUGUUGAUGACAUCUCCGUAUUCUAUCCCGACAUUCCUCUACCGAUGGUGUUUGAUAAAUUCAAGGAAAACCUUCGGGCAGGCAUCCUGAAAGGAAAAUUUGAUCGUCGAUUGAGAAGGUUAAUAUAUUCCUUUCGCCUCUAUUUCGUCGUGGGUACGUUUCCAAUUUCAAGACUUAGAGUUUGAUGGGUCAUUAUAACCAUUCUAUACCGGUUGACGCCAAAAUCAUGAUAUCAACAAACUGCCUAAUCAUCGGAGAACAAGUUGCUGUUAAUUUCGUGGCACAUAGUUUACCAUAGCAACAAAUUCUGCGGAGGAGGCUCAGAGCCACCUUAAAUUUUCGAAAAUUUAAGGUGGCUCUGAGCCCCCUCCGCAGAAUUUUUUUAAACUUUGCAAAAAGUUGCAUCUUAUCAUGUUAAUUACAAUUUGAUAAUAAAAAAUGGGGGUCACCGAGCGCGUUUUUGAGUUAUAAGCGCUUAAAGCUAAAAUUAAGGGUGUUUUUAGCGGGCCAUAUUGUUGCUAUGGUAACCUAUUGUGCCACGAAAUUAACAGCAACUUGUUCCCCGAUGAUUGGGCAGUUUGUUACCAUGAUUUUGGCGUCAACCGGUAUAGAAUGGUUAUAAUGACCCAUCAAACUCGUAAGUCUUGAAAAGUACUGGAAACUGUUACCGUCCACCUUUAAAGAUAAGACAGUUGACAGAGUAAUGAAAUUCAAGUUGUUAGGAACUUGGCUCAAUGAGAAUGUUGCAUGGACAGAACAUGUAAACGAGGUCACAUCAUCAUGGUAUAGAGUGCUAGCUACUCUCAGGAAGAUCAAGAAUAUGACAUCACAACAGACUAAGAAGUCUCUUGUUCAAAGCCUCUUGCUAUCCAAACUUUACUUUAAUGACUCCGUCACUUAUCCCCCUACCGCAUUUCUGCAGAAAAGAGUACAACGCAUUCAGAGUGUUGUUGCUGGCUUUGUCUUGAAUCGUUUCUGCUCAGAAAGGGACGUUCUAGAGCUUGGCUGGCUACCUACACUGGAAAAUACGCAAUUAAACUUUCUUAAGCUUAGACAUCGAGCUCUUGUUAGUGCGGCUUGGCCCGAAUACCUUCAACCACCUAGGCACAAUCCCCAACGUACACUGCGCUCUAGUAAUGCGCCUUUGAUAAAAAAUUCUCUAAUUAAGGGUACUUUACAGGACUCACUAGCGACUUUAUUCAAUGCCCUACCCGCAAAUGUAAGGCAGUAUCCAGACUUCAAUACUUUCGCAAAUAAUUGUUGUACAAUUCUUAAGAGCAGCGAAAACAUGCGUUUAAACUCAUAAGUUGUCUCGAUAAGGUUUCGUAUGGUAUCUAUAGUAUGUUACAUUAUUUAGUUUUUAACAGUUUUUAAUUCCUUUAUGUAAAUAGUGAAUGUUUCUUGAAUAACACUGUGUGCAUUAUGCAUCAUGUAAGUCGUAAGUUUUCAGUUAGUAUAACGGAUUUAGAGCUACCAUGUAGAAAAACUGUCAACAAAUCGUUAUAAUUAUUAUAAUCAUUAUUAUUUAUCAUUGAGAAUGAAGCUUAUGGAGCUUAAAUGCAAAGUUCUGGUUCUUUGAAGGAUAAUCAAGUGAAGAACAAAGGUGAUGAGGCUUCCUGUGAAGUCUAAAAAACUAGGUUUCGAAGCCUUAGCUAAAAAGUUUUACUGAAAGCAAAAUCCGUUAAUUUUCGCAGUGACGACUGAUCGAGUGGAAACGAUUGCUGAUGUAUGGUAGUGCCACAUAAAGUUUCAAAUCUUUCCAAACACCGUGGGGCUAUUUCUGCGUAUUACUAUCCUCGAUCUCCCAGAGCUGAAAAUUGAAAUAAAUUCCACGAAAAUUCUGGAUUGGCUCUGUCAGAAGCAACGUGCAUGACAGUCAAAAAGGCUUAAGCUCUAUGAUUUAUCUCGGGUCCCUGUAAUAAAUAAAAGCCAUUGUUCGUUAUUGUUUUGAGAAUUAUCUCCUACAUUUCAUUAUUUUUAAGAUUGUGUAUAAUAUAAAACUUUAAUCAUGUCCAUUCUUGUACGAGUGAUUUAGUGGCUUUUAAGAGACCUCUUGUAGUGUUGUCUUUGUUGGGAAUAGUUGAAUCCUAUAUUUUUGAUGUAAUUUGAUUGUUUGUAUGUGGUUUUUUGCAGCAACCAGCACGAGACUUGAGCGGGAAGAUGUUACACAGAGGAAUUAAAUAUUAUGGUAAGGUUUUGCGUUGCUAGUGUGUUUGGGGGCCUUUAGAUUGGAAAAAAUUGAGGGAGUCUUGUUUCAUUUUCAAGAAUCAUGUAAUGCUUGCCGUUUAAAUUUUCCUUUCAUGUCCAAAAAUAUAUCUGAUCGAAUUUGCAAAAACAUGCACGAUAUGUGGCAAGAUUGACAGUCGGGUUUAUGCCUUGAUAGAGCUCAGUUGGUGGGUGAAUACCCUGCAGUUGGAGGGUGGUUUAAAGUCUAAAGUAGUAUGUCUAGGAGGGGCUGCAAAACCUCAAUGGCUAGGGUUAGGAGCAUCACCCACCUUCAAGCCAGACUAGUCGAUGAAAAUGCAGGGGGCUUAACGUCAAAGGUAGUACCCUACAUGCAACCCAGCCACUAACCUAUCCAAGUAUGGGUUGCAAACGGCUCUUUGUGGAAGGCUCUAGGAGUGGGAGGGGUAGGUUAUUGGAACCUAUAUCUGACUGCCAUUUUUUUCUGAGCCUGGAAGGGGCCUGUCUUUUUCAUCUUGUUUGACAGCCUACAGGCUUGGUAGUCAGGCUUGCACCCUGUCACCUCAGCCACUACGCUAACACUCCAUGGCUGGAGGCUGGCUGAGUGUCAAAAUCAUGCCUUUUGGGCGAGAGGACUCUAUUGAAAUUGCAAAAACUUGAUGGUUUUGUUUAAAGGCGUGUAUCGCCAUAGUGGCCCUGCUUACGCGUCAAAUGGAAGUUGUUUCAUUGAUGCAUUACCCAUUUGGCUACAAUGAUUUAAACAGAAAAUUCUCGAAAGAUUUGACAAAUUACACUGGCUGACGUGCCGUUGAUAUCGAUGGUCAUUCGACGUUUGCCAGUAAAAGUGAAUACUUCUAUUACAGUGAACAGAAUAAUUGCUCUUUGUCAGUUGGUUGCAGCAAAUUAAUAAAAACAGCCCAUUAAGAUUGGUCUGAAGAAGGUAGAAAUUCUAUCAACAAAGUGUAAGGAUGGAGUAUGCGUUCAAGCAAAAAAAAUUGUAAGGAAUAUAAAAGGCGUUUCAAGGGUUAGAGUGGGGUUUACAAUAACUCCUCAGCUAUCGUCGAGACUCAAUCAGGGGGUACUCAAGACAGUUAGACGGCAGCUAUCAAACUUUGAGAAUUGUCUACCUCUCUCAUUCUUUUUCGAGUAAAUUUACAUUUUCAAAUGGUUUGCCCCUGAGAAAAAUAAAAUGAUAUUGGAAUCCCAGGGAGUUCGUUUUUAUGUAUAGUUACGAAGUUUUGUUCUUUUGCUGACCAAUACUAGGAAUGGUAGUGAGUGAUUCAAGGGAAUAUGAACCCAACUGGGUUUCUAGGUUUUGUUAAUUCUCUGAUAGCGUGGAUCUGAGCUCCUGUUUGGCUGCCCACAUCAAGUACACAGUUUGAAUACCUUAACAUCCAUGUAGCAACCUUGAAAAAUCUAAGACAUCUCCAUUCUGUUGAUCUUGAUUUUGUUUAUGUCUGUAGUAUUUCAUACACUGUAAUAGGGCGAAGCCAAAACUUUUACGCAGCCGUUCUUUGAGCUGAGAUGUCACGCAGUGCCGCUCAUUUUCAUGCGCUGCGUGACAUUCCAAUUAACUACUGCACAGGAGUCAACGGACAUGACACACCUGAGAACCAACGAUCAACACUGUCGCCAUUUGUAGCACCGCCACCACUACUGUUGUUUACUUCGCUUACAGACUUAGAACAACAGACAGCUGCAAAGUGACCCACCUUUUGGCAUUUCAGACACUUCUUAUCUUUUGCGAAACACUGUUCUGGCUUUGUGUGAGGGAGACUGCAUUUGCCACACUUCUUUUGACUUUGUUUUUGGGAUGAAUCCUUUUUCUUCCCUUUACCUUUUCGCCAACAAGAACUCACUGGCGUCUUUUUGCUUUGGAUUUCGUCCACAUUCUUCGACGCAAGAGAAUUCUGAUCUGUAACCUGAGACUUGACCAUUUCUUACUGACAAGCUAUUUGGAUGGCGGUUUCCAGCGUUAAAUCCGACUUCAACUGCAACUUCUGAGACACAUUUUUAGUCCAGGAUUCCGAUGACAAUCCUAUCCCAUAUUUGCUGAUUCCGACCGGUCCCAAAAUCACAGUGUUCAGCAAAUUCAUAAAGGUUUCGUACGAACGACUCGACCGUCUCUCCUUUGUUCUGAUUCCUUUCGUGAAAACGUGCUCGCUUGUGAAUUAUGUUCCGUUUUGGAACAAAAUGCUCAUCAAACUUCGCCAAAAUCACGCCAAUUUUGGCAUCAUCUCCCUCCGCUAAGGUAUAGAUCUUGAAAACGAUGAUGACAGCGAAGACUGCGUUAAAUGAUGAAGUUUCGAUAUUCAAUUCGGGUAUGUAAAAGUGUAUUCAAGUGCAUACGCGACAAAUACGUACAAAAAUUACUUUUACACAUUCAGAAUAAAUCAAAGUACAUUUACCUACGGUGAAAGGAAAACGGAACGGUCUAACUUUUACGGAAUGUUCAGUCAAAGUUUGCCGAUUUCUGCUGCUUUGCCAUAUUGAAGAUGAAGCUACCACAAUGCAAUGCAAUCGCACACCGCCUGUACGCUAACAUAAAUGUUAAUUUUUUUUAAUUAAAAUAAAAAAAACUCAAAAAGACUCCCCAUAAUUUGAAUGCCCCUUGCAGAUCCUAUUCCUCCAAAAAUUAUAUCAAUUCUCGAACGAACGAUUGCCGUUAGGCUCUUACCGAUAGUGCUCGUAAAAAAAGCUUUAAAUUGCUUAAAGCAGUGCUUUUUUUUUGCCAAAAAAAGUGCUAAAAUAAUACUAAUUUUUUUAAAAAGUACUCGUGGGUUACAUAAAAAUGCUCACUUUUUUCCGAUUUUUUUAAACGUAGAAUAUUCUUACAGUUUUAUUUUUUUUCCACUGAUUGAUGGCAGAGUACGCUCUCGAGCUAUCUUUGCCUUAGCUGGCUGACUUCCAUUGUUCCUCGAUGACAACUUGGUUGACGCCAUCUUGAAACGAGUGUGAUGAACUGGGUUUCUAGAAGGCAACCGCUGACCUAUCAAACCUAUUCCCCAGGCCUCCUCAGCUCCUUUGACUAAAAUGAGGGCAAAAUGCAGCUUUAGACGACAUUAAUAAAAGUCAGAUUGUGCUUUUUAAUACAAAUUAUACAAAUUAUCAGUCGAAAAUCCAAAAAAAAUGCUAACAGUACUUUUUGGGAUAAAAUGUGAAAAAAAAAAAAGUGCGCGAAGCCAAAUAAUGCCAGAAAAAGUGGUAGCACUAUCGGUAAGAGCCUAAUGGCCGCGCGCUGUGGGGAAACUGGACACGAUGGCAUCCACGAAAUUCGAAAAAAAUUUUUCAUAAACACAUAAGCACUUUUUGGGAAGCCAUAUUUCGUUAUUCAACGCCCUGUAGUUUUGGGGAACGCUACCUUAAGGAAGCCAUAUUUUGUUAUUCAACAACCUAUGGCAGUGGAAACAAUUCUACUUUUCUUUGUUUUGGCCGUGGCUUUCCGUCACUGUAGGUUAUGUAGGGACAGUCCCGUUCGACUGAGAUGGAGAACUAAACGCCACAUCAUCGAUAAACAUUUCGGCCGUGAAAAUGUUGACACGUGUUCCACCUUUUAUCCACAUAUUUCUGUACGGAUGGUGUUUGAAAGAUUUAAAGCCCAGUUUAGGGAAGGCUCUCUGGAGAAAGAACAUCCUCGCUCAUCGAGAAAUCUAAUCUAUUAUUGCCCCUUCAAUUUUGUCGUGGGUUCCUCUCCAUCGCCAGAUGGACGUAGACGACUGAGAAGUCGUCAUGUGAGGGUGCCAUGCGUCCGCUCAACAUGUCGUAACUGUUCUCAUCCUGUGAUAGUGAUAAAAACAAUUUUUCCCGAUGGACAGGCCAGACCAAUUUAUUAAAGAACCAAACUUAUGAAGCGAAAAUCCAAGGUUCCGAAAUGAAGAACAUGCUAUUGUUCUACAUAGUUGUCACGAAGUAGAAAAUCCAGCCAAAAAACAACUAGUUACUAGCACGAGUCAGCUAUUUUCCCUUAGAAGUCGAAUACAUGUAAUUUUUGAUUACAAGAGAUAAAUUAAAUCGACUAUACAUGCAUUGGUCUUCUUCAUCUGAAUUUGAUGUUCCUUUAAGAUGUUAUUCAGCAAUGCGGGAGAAACUCUCCAUGAAGCAAAUGUAGGAAUCAUCCACUACAUAAUAGUUCAGCAAAAUGCUACGAAGACCAUUUAAAACUGAACAGUUUUUGAAUGCGUUCUGCUCACACUCUUUGACAGAUGUAAUAUGGUUUGAUCAUUAACUCUACUGAUAGCUUCUCAAAAAAUAUAUUUCCUCCUCUCCUUUGUUCCAAAUUAAGCUUUCCUAGUAGAAAUUCUGGAAAUAAAGAAGCAAAUCAUGUUCUGCAAGUCCACCAGUCUUUUUAUGCAAGUUUAUCCUCUGAGUAUAAUCAUACUUAAACUUUCGGGAAUGAAAAGUAGGAUAAGUUUCUAACUGAGUCAGAGUAUCGUAGUAGAACUGAUAUAUUUAAUCUCGACGUAUUCCGUAGACAUUUUGCAAAACUCGCUCAGUCGAAAAUAUUUCUCAGGGGAUUGACUUGUAACAGAGAAUAUGAUAAUGUCAUUUCUUAAAAUGAAGUAUGAAGACCAAUUCCAGUAACAUUUUCGAAAUUCGGUUGGCAAAGAUUCGUACGGAAAAACUUGACAAAAAAUGACAUUUUUAGGCGAGUUGGGAGGCCUGUUUCAACGCUCUCCUAGUUGUUUCACUUCUGAAAGCCACUGCAACAAGUAUCCUCGAUGGAUACCCAAGUGAAGAAGUAGGGUGAUGAGGCUUCCUUUGAAGUCUAAAAGUUAGGUUUCAAAGCCUUGAUUGCUGAUGGGUGGUAUUCCCACAUAAAGUUUCAAAUCUUUCAAAACACUGUGGGGCUAUUUCUGAAUCCAGGUAGUGUAUUUGAAACACUGAAGAUUGAAGUAAAUUCUAUGAGAAUCCUGUAAUGGGUCUAUUAGAAGCGACGUGACAGACUAAAAUUCUAAAACUCAAAGAUUUAUCUAAGGUGACUGUAAUAAAUAAAAGCCAUAGUUAUUGAUUUGAGAAUUAUCUUCUACGUUUCAUUAUUUUUAAAACUGUGUAAAAAUAGAAUCAUUAUCAUGUCAAGAGACCACUAAGAUUGUUGUUUUUGUGGGAAGUGGUUGAAUGCCAUAUUUUUGAUGUAGUUUGAUUGUUUAUAUGUGAUUUUUUUUAUAGCCGUGCCUUGCACAAGACAUGAGCGGGAAGAUGUUGCAUAGGGGAAUUAAAUAGUAUGGUAAGAUUUUGCUUUGCCAGUGUAUGGGGCCAUAGAUUAGCAAAUAGCAAGGAAGUCUCUUUUCAUUUUCAGAAUCAGCUAAUGCUUGGCGUUUUAAUUUUUCUUUUAUGUCCAAAAGGUAUAUCUGAUUGGAUUGCCAAAAACAUGCCCGAUAUGUUGCAAGAUUGACAGUCAGGUUCAUGCGUUGAUAGAGCUCAGUUAGUAGGUGAACACCAUGUGGCUGGAGGGUGGUUGAAAGUCCAAAGCAAUAGGCUGAGGAGGGGCUGCAAAAUCUUGAUGGUUAGAGUUACGAGCAUACCCCGCCAUUAGCCAGACUUGCCGAUAAUAAUGCUGAAGGCUUAAUUAACGUCAAGGGUAGUACCCCGUAUGCAGCCCAGCCACUAACCUAUCUAAGGAUGGGUUGCAAAUGGCCUUGUAAGGAAAAUCCAGGGGUGGGGAGGGUAUGUUAUUAGACCCCUUGUCUAACUGGCAGUUUUCUAUGAGGCUGGAAGGGGCUUGUCUUAUUCAUCUUAUUUGACUGCCUGCAUUACAGGAUCGGUGGUAAUGAUUGUACCCUUUUCACACCACAGCCACUGGGCUAACACUCCAUGGCUAGAUGGUGGUUGAGUGUUAAAAGCAUGCCUUUGGGAGAGUGGGCUCUAUUGACAUUGUAAAAACCUUAUGUCUAGGUUUUCUCUUGAGGGUGGUUAUCGCCAUAGUGGCCCUGCUUACGCUUUCAAUGGAAAGUCUUUCAUAAAUGCAUUACUAAAGGGGGAUAAUUCUAUUACUGUAAGCAGAAUAAUUGCUAUUGGUCAGCUGGUUGCAGCAAAUUGAUAAAAAUAGCCUUUUAAGAUUGGUCUGAUGAAGUUAGAAAUUCUCUCAACAAAGCAUAAGGAUGGAGUAUGCAGUCAAGUAAGGAGAAAUUGGAAGAAAUGUCAUAGGCGUUUCAACAAAACGAAAUCUUCUAAAACACAACAAUAUUUUCCAGAACACAAAAAAAUCUUCUGAAACACGAUAAUCUUUUCCAGAACAACAAAAUUUUCUGAUACACAAAAGCAAGCUAAAACACACCAAAGUACUGGUGACUAAACCUGUCGCUGGAAGCGACCGGAACCUGGGACUAGCUCUGGCUACAUACUGCGAAUUAAGGCGCCAUUUUUGUAACUAUGCAAUGUUCAUUUCCACAAGAUGCAGAAGCGCACAAGUAUGGUUCAUCUCCGGCGAACCAAAGGAUUGAAGGCCAGGGGGCAUUUUAAAGAAGAAAAAGGUCUGUGUGGUGGAUUUACUUCUUUAAAAGUCUCAUGGAACAGGAAAUCUUUAACCCAGGAGAUGAGAUUCAAAUGGCAUGCCUUUGGUUCUGUUUCGCUCAAUUACUACAAGAUGACCUGGAUGAAAUUAAACAACAUUGGUACACAAAUUUAAUUAGGGGCUCUAGCCAUGACACUAUCAGUGGGAGACCGGAUGAACUGUUCUUUCUCCCAGAGCUGCAUGGAGGAGUAGAUGGUCUACUUCACCCAAUCUUGGAUGAUGAGAUCUAA